CCUAGAAGGGUACCACUGAUUGUCUUUGGUGCUGGUAUGUUUGGCAAAGAUGUAGUCAAGUUGAAAGGGCAACGAUGUGGUGUUGUCGGUAAACCUUUUACAACACUGAAGAAACGUGAAGCUAAAGGUCAAUUGAUGGUUGUCACAAUCGAUGAAUUUAAAACCUCUAAAACAUGCAACCUCUGUUUCUAUGAUGAUAUGCAAAUUUUUGAUACUCCUGGAUUUAAGGGUACCGGCGUUCUUCAUUGCAAGCAAUAUCUAUAGCUAUGGCAGAGAGACGUUAACGCCGCUAUCCAUAGGAUGAC